AUGAGUAGAUGGAACUCCACCACUGUGCCAGGCUUCAUCCUAAUGGGGUUGACAGACUCUGCAGAGACACAGCUGGUCCUCUCUGUGCUCUUUCUCCUGAUUUACCUGAUCACAGUGCUGGGGAACAUGGGGAUGAUACUGAUCAUUCACCUGGAUCCCCAGCUUCACACCCCCAUGUAUAUUUUUCUCACUCACUUGUCACUUCUUGACCUCAGCUACUCAAGUGUCAUCACCCCUAAAACCUUACAGAACUUACUGACUUCCACCAAGAGCAUCUCCUUCGUGUGCUGCUUCACCCAAAUGUAUGUUUUUAUCCUCUUGGCUAGUGCUGAAUGCCUUCUUCUCUCCUCAAUGGCCUAUGAUCGCUAUGUAGCUAUUUGUAACCCUCUAUGCUAUCCAGUCAUUAUGUCCACAGGAUUGUGCAGUGGCUUGCUUGCUGGCUCCUAUGUUGUUGGCUUUGUGAAUUCCACUGUCAAUGUGGUUUGUAUGAGCAGAUUGCACUUCUGCAACUCUAAUGUCAUCAAGCACUUCUUCUGUGACACAUCCCCAAUUUUAGCCUUGUCCUGUAGUAACACAUUUAAGGUUGAAAUCAUUAUAUUCAUUAGUGCUGGAUCCACCCUAGUGCUGUCCCUCAUCACCAUAUCUGGAUCCUAUGUGUCCAUCCUCUCUACCAUCCUGAAAAUUAAUUCUACUGCUGGAAAGAAAAAAGCCUUCUCCACCUGUGCCUCCCAUUUCCUGGGAAUCACCAUCUUCUACAGCACUAUCAUCUUUACUUACCUGAAACCAAAGUCUUCCUACUCCUUGGGAAGGGAUCAGGUGGCUUCUGUGUUUUACACGAUCGUGAUCCCCAUGCUGAACCCUCUCAUUUACAGUCUCAGAAACAAAGAGGUGAAGAGUGCUCUUGUUAGAAUCAUGCAGAAGAGAGAGGGCUGCAGGCAGUUAAUAUCACAGUGGUGCUAA